AUGGAGCCCGCCCAGAAAACCACAGCAAUUAUGAGCACUUUAAACACCACGCACAUUAUCCUGGAGUAUAUGCAGAGCCAGAACCUGCUAAAGCAAAACCAGGGGAGGAGAUCAGGCCCUGUGACUCUUCCCACCGCAGCUACCAGAGGCAUGGAGCUACGGGAACAGCUCUCCAGCUGCUUGUUCUGUGCCAUACUCCUAGCAACAAUUCCCUUUUCAGAGAGUUUUGAAGUCAUCUCGUCCCCAGCUGUCACGGGGAUCAUCGGCCAGGAUGUGGUCUUACCCUGCCAGAUCUCCACCAGGACACAGCCGGACAAUAUGGAAGUGCAGUGGAAGAAAAUUAUUCAGACACAUAUAGAGAGUGUCUAUGAAUACAGAGCCCAAACAGGCAAGGAUGUGCCAGGACAGAAAUACCAGGGCCGGACUGUGCUGUUGAAGGAUGCAUUCACCUCUGGGAAUGUGUCUUUAAAGCUGAAGAAUGUCCAACCAGCUGAUCGUGGAAUAUACAUCUGCAUUGUGAAGUCUAACGAGUGGAGCGAUGCUGCUGCAACCAAGCUUAAAAUUUCAGAAUUUAAAAAUGGUGAAAUGCUAAGAGAGAAAGGAAAGAAGAGAGUAAGAUUUUCCCUCCCAGAAACCCCUGAGAAGAGCACUGAAACCUGUGAGAAGAGCACUGAAAAAAUGGUUACGGCUAUCUUAGCUCUACUCCUGGUCAUGAUCGUCAUCGGGAUCAUAUUCCUCAUUUACUGUUGUUGCAGAAACAGAAGUACAGAUCCUGAAAAAGAUAUCGGGAUGAUUGAAGUCCUCCAUGAGAACCAGGCCCUGUGA